AUGGAUGUUGUAUGUUCGCGUCCAACAUGUAACAAAAAAGUCUAUGUUGAAUCAAGCGGUAUGGUUCAUCCAUAUUGUGGAAGAACGUGCGCUUUUAUUGAUUUACGUAGUAGUUCCAUGAGCGUUGGAAAAUGCAAUAAUUCGAAUUGCACAAAACAAAAAUACCGGGAUGUGAAUGGAACCAUUCACGGUUACUGUAGUCGAACGUGUGCUCGUUCGUGUGUACGUAUUUGCGCUCGGACCGGUUGCAGAAGAAAAGCGUACGAAGACCCUGCAGAUCCAUCCAAAUUCCACGUUUAUUGUAAUCCAAAUUGCUUUUGGCUCGAUGGUCAAAACCUUACAUCUACUAAAUUAACUUUACUUAAUCCAAAUGAUUUGGAUUACGUUAAUGCCGAGAAAAAAUUUCUUGCUGGACUGCCGAACGCAAAAAUCCAAGGGAUUUUAAGAAUUCAAAUGCCCCAAUCAAUUGUUCAUGCACAUCUCAUUGCGAAACAGCAAUCUGGAUUAAACCCGUUAAAAAUGUACCAUGGAACACAAGCUUUAUGUGAUCCAGGUUCACUCUUAACAAAUCUUGCACCACAAUGUUCUCCAGGAACCACUUGUGGUAUCUGUGGUAUUGCCCGUGAGGGCAAUAAUCCGGCUCGGUCAAAACAUAAUGGGAACAUGUGGUUCGCGGAUAAUCCUUCAACAUCACUUGGAUACUGCAGAGGUACUGCUAAUUCAAACUUGGGAAUAUUUAUGAUUGAUGUCUUGGCUCAAGCUCAAAAUAUUGUUAUCGUGAAUCAAGCUGCGGUUUGUAUAGUUGACCUUUUGAACAUUCCUGAAAUUACAUUACUUUUUUAUUUCAACUUGAUUUAUGUAUAA